UCUUUCUUGUGGUUCUUUUUUCUUUUAUGUUGCAUGCCACUUUCUCCUACUUUUGCUCACUUCCCACUUCAAAAGUAUGGCUGCAUCUUCUACUGGUUAGCUAAAGUUGACUCUCUAAAGCUUCUUACUAUAUAUAUAUAUACACAAAUAUAUAUAAAUUUUUUAUCCAAUGAUACUGGGUUGCUUAUGCAUUUGGCCUUUUUAAGCCACUUUCGUCAGUUUUGCUGUCCAAAUAGACCCUCUUGACAUUCCUGGUUUUCCCGGGUUGCUGUAUUGUUGGAUUCUGGAGUGUAGAACUUGAUUUUCAGGAAUCAAGAGAGUCCUCUUUGUACUCCUUGUAGACCAAAAGUGUUUUGUCCUCGAUCACAAUGGUUUCAAGGUCAUAUUCUAACUUAUUGGAUCUUGCUUCUGGUGAUGCUCUUUCUCUAACUUUUGGUCGUGAGAGGAGGAGGCUUCCUCGAGUUGCAACUGUUGCUGGUGUACUGUCCGAGCUAGAUGAUGAGAGCACUGGCUCUGAUGCUCCCUCAUCCGUCUCUCAAGAACGGAUGAUCAUUGUUGGAAACCAGCUUCCACUCCGGGCACAUCGAAGUGACAGUGGAGAGUGGAUUUUUAGCUGGGAUGAGGACUCACUUCUAUUACAACUUAAAGAUGGCCUUGGAGAAGAUGUUGAAGUAACCUAUAUUGGCUGUCUUAAAGAACAGAUUGAUCCUCGUGAGCAAGACGAUGUUGCUCAAACUUUACUUGAAACUUUCAAAUGUGUACCGGCAUUUAUCCCCACUGAGCUUUUCAGUAAAUUCUAUCAUGGAUUCUGUAAGCAACAUUUGUGGCCUCUAUUUCACUACAUGCUCCCUCUAUCACCGGAUCUUGGUGGUCGGUUUGAUCGGUCCCUUUGGCAAGCUUAUUUAUCAGUGAACAAGAUAUUUGCUGAUAAAGUAAUGGAAGUGAUCAGUCCUGAUGAUGAUUUUGUGUGGGUUCAUGACUACCAUUUGAUGGUUUUACCAACAUUUUUGAGGAAGAGGUUCAAUAGGGUAAAACUUGGUUUCUUUCUUCAUAGUCCAUUCCCUUCAUCUGAGAUAUACCGGACACUUCCUGUUAGAGAUGAACUUCUUAGAGCUCUUUUAAACUCUGACCUCAUCGGAUUCCAUACUUUUGAUUAUGCUAGGCACUUCCUAUCUUGUUGUAGUAGAAUGCUUGGGCUUUCUUAUCAAUCAAAGCGGGGUUACAUAGGGCUCGAGUAUUAUGGCCGCACUGUAAGCAUUAAAAUUCUUCCUGUUGGGAUUCAUAUAGGCCAGCUUCAAUCUGUUUUGAAUCUGCCUGAUACUGAAGCUAAGGUUGCAGAGUUACGAGAUCAGUUUAGAGGCCAAACCGUUGUGCUUGGGGUUGAUGACAUGGACAUCUUUAAAGGAAUCAGCUUGAAACUUCUGGCUAUGGAACAAUUGCUCAUACAACAUCCUGAUAAGAGGGGAAAAGUUGUUUUGGUUCAGAUUGCGAACCCUGCAAGGGGCAGAGGGAAGGAUGUACAGGAGGUCCAAUCUGAAACUACUGCCACAGUGAGCAGGAUCAAUGGAACAUUUGGAAGGCAAGGAUAUAAGCCAGUAGUCUUAAUUGAUACCCCACUUCAGUUUUUUGAACGAAUUGCUUAUUAUGUCAUUGCAGAAUGUUGUCUUGUUACAGCAGUGAGGGAUGGAAUGAAUCUUAUACCCUAUGAAUAUAUUAUAUGCCGACAAGGAAAUGAGAAACUAGAUGAGACCUUAAGGCUAAACCCAUCGACCCCAAAAAAGAGCAUGCUGGUGGUAUCUGAGUUUAUUGGGUGCUCCCCAUCACUUAGUGGUGCAAUUCGAGUUAACCCAUGGAACAUUGAUGCUGUAGCUGAAGCUAUGGAUACUGCCCUAAUCGUUUCUGAGGCUGAAAAACAGAUGAGGCAUGAGAAGCACUAUAGGUAUGUCAGUACUCAUGAUGUUGCAUAUUGGGCACGUAGCUUUUUGCAAGAUCUUGAAAGGGCAUGUAGGGACCAUGUGCGGAGGAGGUGCUGGGGAAUUGGUUUUGGUUUAGGGUUUCGAGUGAUCGCUUUGGAUCCAAAUUUCAGAAAACUUUCAGUUGAGCAUAUUGUUUCAUCUUAUAAGAGGACCAAGAGCCGAGCAAUUCUUUUGGAUUAUGAUGGUGCUAUGAUGUUGCCUGGUUCAAUUACGACAACUGCUAAUACUGAAGUUGUUGGAAUCUUAAACAGCUUGUGCCAGGACCCCAAAAAUGUUGUCUUCCUAGUUAGUGGGAAGGGAAGAAAUACUCUAACUGAGUGGUUUUCUGCUUGUGAAAAUCUUGGGCUUGCAGCAGAGCAUGGUUAUUUUGUAAGGACAAAUCAUGAGGCAGAUUGGGAAACUUGUGUUUCUGUGCCAGAUUUUGAUUGGAAACAGAUUGCUGAGCCAGUAAUGCAAUUAUAUACUGAAACAACUGAUGGAUCUACCAUAGAGACAAAAGAGAGUGCUCUUGUUUGGAGUUAUCAAUAUGCAGAUCCAGAUUUUGGCUCAUGCCAGGCUAAGGAACUUCUUGACCACCUGGAGAGUGUUCUCGCUAAUGAGCCAGUUUCUGUCAAGAGUGGCCAACACAUAGUAGAAGUUAAACCUCAGGGUGUUAAUAAAGGUAUUGUAGCAGAACAUCUCCUCUCAACAAUGCAACAGAAGGGAAUGCUUCCAGAUUUUGUUCUAUGUAUUGGGGAUGACAGGUCGGAUGAGGACAUGUUUGAGGUGAUACUAAGUGCCAGGGAUUCUCUUUCCCCGGUUGCUGAAGUGUUUGCUUGCACUGUUGGCCAGAAACCCAGCAAGGCCAAGUACUACUUGGAAGACACAACUGAGAUUGUGAGAAUGUUGCAGGGCCUUGCCAAUGCUUCAGAGCAGGCUGCUAGAAAUGUUCCCCCAGCUCCUCAUCGAGUGGUUAUCGCAGACAGUAAAUAGCCUUCUCUCUCUUUCUCUCCUUUCUCUAGGGCCCUAUCAUAAUCUAAAAGGGUUCAUCUUGUGAAGAUUUCUCGACUUGUGUGCGUUUUCUGGUUGGAGACAAGUUCAUCAGUAUUUUGUAGGUGUAGUAAGGUUCAUUUCUGUCAGAUUGAAAAGUACGAGUUGUAUUGUUCAUGUCAUACUAUUGGUUUGUUGAUGAUGGAUUUCAUGAUUCUUUAA